AUGAAAUUGUCUCAUCCCUUUAAUAAUAACGCAAGACAUGACAACCUCAUCAAAGUGGUUCCUGAAGCAAAUAAAAAUAAUCAAGGAAACCAAGGUGUGGAAAAUCUUACCAAAGUGAAUCCUUCACCCAAGAAAAGUGAACAAAGCCUUGAUGAACUCAUUAAUGUAAGCCCCAAAGCUGCCAAAAACACUGCUGGAAACCAUGGUCUUGACAAACUCAUCAAGGUGAAUCCUGAAAUUCAUGUAAAGAACCGAAGAAACCAAGACCUGGAUCACCUCAUCAAAGUGAAUCCUGCAGUACUCAGAAGAAAUCAGAGUGCAGAUUUGGACAAUCUCAUUAAAGUGCAACCUUCAGCUCUCAGAAACACUACUUGCAACCAAGACAUGACAAAUGUAAUUGAGGUGAAUUCUUAUGUGUCUGAAAAUAAGAAUGGAAGGCUUAAUGGGCAACUCAGUGGAUUCACCAGUGCUGUACACAGCCAGUCGGCAAGGACCACUACUUGCCCAUAUGAAGCCAGGAACAGUCUCAGCUCCAGUGCUGGACCCAGGAGUACAGGCUCUAAGGAUACUGUUGUGUACACAAGGACCUACGUGGAGAAUAGUAAAUCACUGAAGGAUGGAUAUCAUGAGACUAUCUCUGGAAAAUACAUACAGACCGUUUAUUCAACUUCAGAUAGGUCUGUCAUUGAAAGAGACAUGUGCACUUACUGCUGCAAACCCUUGGCUAUAGAAACGAAAAUGAUUCUAGAUGAGUUACAAAUUUGCUGCCAUUCUACUUGCUUCAAGUGUGAAAUAUGCAAGAAGCCUUUGGAAAAUCUGCAGGCAGGUGACAGUAUUUGGAUUUAUAGAGAAACAAUCCAUUGUGAACCUUGCUACUCUAAAGUUAUGGCAAAGUGGAUUCAAUAAUUGUGGCAUGUGGAAAUCAAGAGGAAAAAUAUUCAUCAAGACAUUAAAUGUUCAAGCUUUUAUUUUGAGAAUAUGUAUUUCAGGAAAGAUUUUACACUGAAGUUUACUCUUAUACAAAAUUAAUGAAUCUGCUAUUGCAUAAAUAAUCUGAUCGCCGGCAACAAGUUCAUAAACAUAAAAAACCAUCUUGGCUGGUUUAGUGGUAAAAAUUUUGGAUGG